GUUGUGAUAAACUUAUUAAAUAGAUUGUAAUAAUAUAUAUAAGACUUAUGGCGACCCAGAAGGCUUUAAAUUUUGUUACUAUUACGUCCUCUAUGAGACCUGGACGGAUGAGUGACAGAGUGUUGGCUGUAGCUCUCAAGGCCAUAAAAGAACAGGGCCAUGAUUAUACAGUUAUGGAUCCCAAGGAACUCAAUUUCCCAAUGUUGGAAAGACCGAUUCAUUGGUAUCCAAGUAAAACUCAGGCACCCCAAUGGCUCCAAGAUGCAGAAGCUACGAUGCUGAGCGCGGAUGCUUUUCUCUUUAUAUCUGGAGAAUAUAACAGGUGUGUCCCACCUGCACUAGCCAACAUCAUCAACCACUUCGGACCAAAUGUUUUUUCUGCUAAAGCGGCUGGAAUCAUUUCUUACUCUCUCGGUAAUGGAGGUGCAAACGUCAGAUUCUCUCUUGCUCCGAUGAUCCAGGAAUUGGGAGGCAUGCCUACGCCUGCGCAAUGUUGCAUAAAUUUUGUGAGUAAGAAGCUGAAUGAGGAGGGAGAGUUCCAAGAGCCUGACUCAACUGAUGCCGCUGCCAUUGCGAGCAAAGUGCAACGAGUGGUGAAACAGACAGCCUGGUACGCAAGUGCAUUCAUAAAUCACAGAAGGGAUUUUGGAGAUCUCCCAAAUUAACGAACAGUUGAAAACACCCGUUAUUGUUAUCGGAAGGAAUUCUUGCUUUUGUAUAUUGUUAUGAAGACCGAGCAGGUCGUGGUAACUUUUUUCUCGCUGACUGAAUCAUUUAUAACUUCUCAAGUUAAUAGCUGCACAAUCUGACCUUUCUAUUUGCUUUGUACUGCUGAUUAUUUUCAAGUAAUCUGCUGCUGUUGUAACUCAUGCUAAUCAAGAAAUAUUUUCACUAAAGAUUUCUUUUUGUAAAAUGUCAUAUCUUGUAGAACUUUUAAGUUAAAUUUAAUUAAAUUAUCGAG